UCCCCUCCGCUCGCUUCGUCCCUCCCCGUCCCCUCCCCGCGCAGCCGCCACCUCCGCGCUCCUCCUCCUCCCCCCCUCCCCUCGCAAAUAGUCCCGCGGGCCGCCCCCUCCCUCCGCCCGCGCCCCUCCUGCCGCCGCCUCGCGCACACAAUGGCGCUGAAGAGAAUCCACAAGGAGUUGAACGACCUGGCACGUGAUCCUCCAGCACAGUGUUCAGCAGGGCCUGUCGGGGAUGACAUGUUCCAUUGGCAAGCUACAAUAAUGGGACCAAACGACAGUCCCUAUCAAGGUGGAGUAUUUUUCUUGACAAUUCACUUCCCAACAGAUUAUCCCUUCAAACCACCUAAGGUUGCAUUUACAACAAGAAUCUAUCAUCCAAAUAUUAACAGUAAUGGCAGCAUUUGUCUUGAUAUUCUACGAUCACAGUGGUCCCCAGCACUAACUAUUUCAAAAGUACUUUUGUCCAUCUGUUCUCUGUUGUGUGAUCCCAAUCCAGAUGAUCCUUUAGUGCCUGAGAUUGCACGGAUCUACAAAACAGAUAGAGAAAAGUACAACAGAAUAGCUCGGGAAUGGACUCAGAAGUACGCGAUGUAAUUAAAGAAAUUAUUGGAUAACCUCUACAAAUAAAGAUAGGGGAACUCUGAAAGAGAAAGUCCUUUUGAUUUCCAUUUGACUGCUUUCUAUGAGCCCACGCCUCAUCUUCCCCUGUGCACAUGUUUACCUGAUACAGCAGUGCUGCGUGUUGUACAUACUUGGAACAACAAACUAGAAAUACUGUAUUUCCCCGUACCAACAUUGACUCCUAGCAGAGAAGUGUGUGUGUGAAAAGCUGGUUCUUCAGUCAUAACUUUGUGAGCCUAAAAGCAUUCCUUGCUGAGUUAAAUUGGGAAAUCAAGUGGGAAUGGGGAGAGUUCUGGUGCGUUUCAGAUUUUCUAGGGACAGUGUUGCUGAUCCAUGAAGGAUUUUAAGUGGAAUCCUUUUAAACUCAUAACAGUUAUGAAAAGCAAGGUGAAGAACUUGAAGCUGUUUCUGUAUUCAUUUUAUUCUGAAGGACCUACACCUUAGGUAAAUGUUAUGACCAAUGAGAAGCUGUACCCACAUCCUGUGUUUAAGGUCUAAGUUUAACCGGUCACCAUUUAAAUGGAUUGGAGCUAUUAGUGCAUCAAGUGAUGUUGAUUUGUUUCAACUUUCUCCCUCCCUUCAUACUUUUUUUGGUUUGUAUGUGGUUUCUCAGUUAAUACCUAGCUAAUAGCUCUUAUUUUUUCUUAAGUUUUUUAACUGCUUAGGUCUUCUGGAUGUAAGGGUAAAAAAAAAAAAUCCAUAUGACAGAAAACUUGUGUGUAUUUAAAGACCCAACUGCUCCCCUGGAGCUUGUACGUUCAAGAAUGAAUAAUCUGUGUAAUAAACUGAUUACUACAGUCAUUACAUAUAACUUUGUGUGAAUAGGCUUUUAAUUUUCAGAGCAGUUUGUUACAGGCUUAAACUAACGGUGGAUUUCUCUAAAAAAACUUUUUGGGCUGAAGUCGUGAAGCAGUUUGGUUUGCAUCACACAAGGCACCUGAAGAGGCAAACAGGAGCUUGAGCACUUAGAUGAAAUCAGGAUGUGUAGUGUGCCAGGAACUUGACUGUUAAACCAAAUAAGCAGUUUACUAAAUGCGAAUCAGAGUGACAUUUUACAAAGCCUGAUGGUAUUACUCCCACUUGCAUGGGACCUAACACAAUGCAUAUGUACUGUAGGUAAGUGAAACCUUAUGUAACUAAAAAAAUGGAUGUAAAAGGGUAAAAAAAAGAAAAAACCUACCAAACACAUCAGCACAAACUUUCAUAAAAUGUAGCUUUUACAUAAUUACUUUGCACUAAACAUUUGCAAAUGUUCAUACAGUUUUAAAUUGUACUUGUAUGUGUCUUUUUUUUUUUUUUUUUUUUUUUUUUUUGGAACAAA